GGCGGCGCAGGCGGCGCGGGAUGCGCGGCCCGGCCCGUGGCAGCUCUGAAUUGUAGUGGAAGAUUGAUUAAAUCUACCAGCACUUGCCCAGGCAUAGAAGAUGGGUGGAUUAAUUUCGAGAUGGAGGCAGGCAAAGCCUUCUACCGUUGAAGUAUUAGAAAAAAUUGAUAAGGAAAUACAGACAUUAGAAGAAUUUAGAGAAAAAAAUCAGAGACUCCAGAAACUAUGGGUUGGAAGGCUACUCCUUUACUCCUCGCUUCUUUAUCUUAUUACCUGUUUAAUUGUGUAUUUGUGGUGUCUUCCUGAUGAAUGGACAGCGAGGUUGAUUAUGACACUUCCAUUUUUUGCAUUUCCGUUGAUAAUCUGGUUUAUAAGAACACUGCUCAUUUUUUUCUUUUCCAAAAGGACAGAAAGGAAUAAUGAUGCAUUGGAAGACUUAAAAUCUCAAAAGAAAAAAAUACUUGAAGAGGUAAUGGAGAAGGAGACUUACAAGACUGCAAAAUUAAUCCUUGAAAGGUUUGAUCCAGAAUCAAAUGCAAAGGAGGCUGAACUCCCAUCUGCUGGAACAUCUGCAACCCCCAGACCUGGGCAAGAAAUCCGCCAGAGGACCACAGCUCAACGAAAUGCUUCUCCACCCACUCCAGCAUCUUCCAAACAAGGCUCUCCGAAAUCACCGCUUCCAGUAGCAGCAACUCCGAAUGUGCAGAGAGACCCGUCGGCUCCGAGCGGAGCCCCAGAGAGAGCCCUUGUGCCACCCCUGCAGCCAAAUGCUUUACCAAGGCGCCCUGGGUCCCCUGCUACUGCGGUGCCCGGAAUGGGUCUUCAUCCUCCAGGCCCUCCUUUAGCAAGACCUAUUCUUCCUCGAGAGAGGGGAAUUGUGGAUAGAGUUAUUGAAUAYUUAGUUGGUGAUGGUCCUCAGAACAGGUAUGCCCUAAUAUGUCAGCAAUGUUUUUCUCACAAUGGUAUGGCUUUGAAGGAGGAGUUUGAAUACGUAGCUUUUAGGUGUGCCUACUGCUUUUUCCUGAAUCCUGCAAGAAAAACUAGACCCCAAGCUCCACGACUUCCAGACUUCAGUUUUGAAAAAAAGUCACCCACGGAACUGCAGUCCAAAACUGAGUCUCUGAAUAUCGGAGAGAGAAAGCUGCAGGAGCGUGAACAGACAGAAGAAUGUGAAGAAGAAACUGCUCAAACGAUUGAGACAAAGCAGAUAGAUAGCGAAGCCCCAAGUCCUGAGCAGCUAAAUGAUAAGUUGGCUGAAGAAGCUGAAAAAGAGGAAGCAGGAAGUGAAAAGGAGUUUUYGGCUGGUGAAACAGAUUCUGCUGUUUCUGCUGAACAGAGUGAAGAAUCUUUAGCGAAAGCAGAAUAAAGUCAUUCAAGUGCCUUCUGUACCUAGAUUUUAGCUUUGUUCAUGCCUGUUACUAUUCAGGUGAGCUUUUUUUUAAUGGUACAACUUAAGAUAUUGCUUGAGCUCGAACUGCCUCACUGCCACAGUAUGUCAAAGCUACAUGUAAAAAUGGGUAUUGUAAAUUAAGCAUGUGUCUUUAAAUGAGUUAACACUCAGCAGAAUGUAUAGUCAUUUGAAGUCUAACAGUUGUAGCCAUUGUUUAGUUUUGCUUCCUUAAAUUCCAACUUUAGUCCAAGUUGAAUUGGGAGUGACCUAUAAUUUGAUUUCCCUUGAACUGUCACAAAAAGAGCAAUUAUUGGCAGCACUUGGCCUAGUGAAGUUUGGUCUAGUGAACUUAAGAUACUUUAUUAAUGCUUUCCUGCUGAAAUGGAUUGUCUACACUUUAAAUAGACAGAUGUUUACAAGCAGAAGUGUCAUCUAACAUUUGACUUAAGCAUAUGGAAAGUGUCAUUACAGUGAUGUCAAUAUUCAUUGUCUAAUUUCUUGGCAGAAUUCAGUUAAAUGGCACUCGGAUAAAUGGUAUUACCUUUGGUGGUAUUUGCAUUGCAGAUGAACCAGAGGCACAUACRUACAAAACUGGUUUUGUGUUUACAUUAAAAUAGGAAGUUUCUGCACUUGAUUGUACUUGAAUACAAAG